GCUAAAGAAGGGUGGGUGGGAUCUCUCCUAAAAGAAAGAAUUGAAUUGAAUUGACCUCGAGCCUGUCCUAAUUCUUCUUCUUCUUAUCCCGUUCCUGACCCUGAGUGUAGAGGGGUUAGCCUUGAGCCAGGUCUUUCUUCACUAUCUCCUCUAUCUCCUUUUGCUCGAUGAAUAGAUUUCUUUCUUAUUGGCUUUUCCUGGCUUAUGUUUUUUGGACUUUGAACCUCGCGAAUACCUGUCUUCUAUCAAAUGGGGAUCAAAGAACUGCCAGUUCGUGAACUAGAUUUUGGCAACUCUACAGGUUUCGAGCCGCUCCCGACAGAAACCUCCUGCUGCUCUGGUAACUACGCUCGCAUACUUGUGUCUAAACUCUCCGAGUCUGGCAAGACUACAUUCUCGGAAGACCGCCAUGAUGAUGCCUCAUCAAAGACCCGCUCUGGGGACGUCUACUAUGGUGAAGCCUUAGCCCAAGUAAACCAAUAUGCCCCGUCCAAUAUUCCUUGCUUUAGACCGCCCUAACCUUUGACAGGAAAGACUUCUUUCAGAGGGAUAUUCCCAUCGGAGUUCCAGCUCUUUCAGUUCCUUUCUUUUCGAUUGUGCUGCUACCUUCCCUUCCAUAAACGAGUUUCUGUUUAUUUGUCCUCUCCCCUCGAAGAAAGAAGAUUUGUUCCCCAACGACAAAGGAACGGGCAUUUUCGGGGACUAGCCCGCUUUCCUUUCUUUUGUGGUUUUCUUUUCUGUGGUUGGGGGUAACAAUCCUCUUUUACAACUCUUGUCGUACAGCCAAGUAGAAAAACAGCAAAGCAGAAUUUCUUGUAGAUAAGAAGAGUUUUCUCGUUAUUCAUUCGUGGAGGGGUCUUAAACUGACUGUUCAACCCGUGCUCUGUUGCGUGGCUUGCCCGCAAAGAGCCAUUUUUUCCUUUGAAUAACGAGAAAACUUCACU